GAAUAACUAUUACAGCACGACACUAUGAGAAGGUAGCACGAGGGUGCAAUUGGUUUAAGAAUAAGCUAGGACCCGAGUUAAGUAAACUCGUCGUGGGACGUCAAAUAAGAGAUUUGAGGCGUAUGGCGAUCAUCAGUAAGAAAGAAAGGAUGAAAGAAAUGUGACCAACCCAAGUAGAAUCUCAAAGGCUCUCAAGAUAGAAUCAAAUGUGCGAGGACUUCAACUCCAAACACCAGCAAAGAGGUGCCAAUUGAAAUGGAAUACCUCAAGGAUUUUGAAAGAGUUGAGAGAGUAGUACGAGGAUUUUACUACUAGGGAACAAGUGGAAUGUUCAAUAAAUGUUAUAGUGAAUGGAUGAGAAUUCGAGGAAACACAUGGAAGUUCCGAUAAGCUCCUCGCUCGCUAUGAUGUCACCCACCGGGUGUGCAUGGCCUAUCACCUCCAAACUAGUGGACAAGUCGAGCUAUCAAAUACGGAGCUAAAAUGUACCCUAGAAAAGACCGUGGAUCAAUCCCGCAAGGAUUGGUCCGUAAAGCUCGAUGAUGCUCUAUGGGCAUACAACACGGCCUACAAAACACCAAUAGGCGUCUCGCCUUACCAUUUGGUGUAUGGAAAAGCAUGCCACUUACCCGUAGAGCUGGAGCACAAGGCUUGCUGGGCCACAAAGAUUUUGAAUAUGGACCCUAGUUUGUGUGGAAAUGAAAGGAAGUUGCAGGUGCUAGAACUUGAGGAGUGGCGUCUCCAAGCCUAUGAGAACACCAAGAUUUACAAGGAGAGGAUGAAACACUUGCAUGAUGCUCACCUGAAAGGAGGGAAGGAUUUCCAGCCCGGAGACCAGGUUCUCUUGGACAACUCUAGGUUGAAGUUAUUCCCUAGGAAUUUAGGGUUGAAAUGGUCGGGCCCAUAUGUGAUAACACAAGUAUUCACAUACGGGGUGGUUGAGAUCUCCCACCCGGAGGAAGGAACUUUCAAAGUCAAUGGACACUGCCUGAAGCGUUACCUUGGAGGAGAGGUAAUGCUAAACAAGGAGGUGGUGUUCCUGCAAGAUGCAUGACCUGGAAUCUCCGUCUAGCUUAAGACAUUAAAGAAGCGCUUGUUGGGAGGCAAUCCAAUGAAGGUUAGCAAGUUUGACCUACUACUACUAUGUACCAUGCUUGUAAUAACCUUGCCUCGAGCGAGUCAUAUUGUGCUUGUGUGUGUCUUUGUUGUCUCUCCUUGAAGUUCAAAUGAUCCUACCCCGGUUCCAUUCCUAUAUUCACUCACCAAGCCCAAGCGGUAACAUCACUCUACCCCUUUCUUACGCCAUUGAGUGCAAUGUCGAGUUUAACUCUGUGUGUGUGGGGGGGGGGGGGGGGCGUAGUCUACUAGUAUUCUUGUGUGAGUGAGAUGUUGCUUGGAGCCUUUUGUAUGCCCAAAUUUCAAAAUUUUGAGGACUCCAAGCAAUAUUUUCAUGUUCAAAGUUGCCAGAUGGUGGGAAAUUCUCGUGUUUGUGGCAUUGAUCUUGAAUUAUUGCAUGUGAUCGAGUAUAUCCUAUGAUGAUGACUCAGAAGUUCAUUAGGUGAUAGACCGAUAAUUACACAGGUUUUCACCCCUAUUCUUGAGCCGUUUGAGAGGUUGACUCUCAGGUUUUAAGCCGAUUUCACGCGAGGUUGUGUGUUUAUGUCGUAAUUUAGGACCCGACGUUGGAAUCGAGGCGAAGGAACGAAAUUCGGGUCGAAAGGAGCAAGUGAGGCUUGAAGUGUGCUGGAGGAAGAAAAUACCCGGCCAUGACUAAAAAUACCCGGCCGGGUAUUAUUCUGAGGAGGCUGGGUAUUUGCUGUUUUGGCGUCUGAGAAACAGAGAGGUUCCCGGGCUGGAGGCACAAAAUCCCCGACCGGGGAUUAUUGGAUGAGACCGGGUAUUUUUCCCCUUGGCAAAACGCGCGUUUCAACUAUACCCGGUCGAGACCCAAAAUACCCGACCGGGUAUUUCGACCGGGUAUCGCGACAGGCAGCUGUUUUAAAGGAAAAGAAGGUCAAAGAUCAAGGGAUUCGAGUUUUAGAGAGAUAGAGCGAUUCCUAGAGAGAGAAAGCGACGAACAAGAGUUCCCAAGUGCCCUAGAUUGAUCUUCAUCACCAUUGGAGCUUGGCUUGAGCUUGGAGAAGUGCCGAUCAACGUCCAGGAGCAGGAAUCCAUCCUUCACAGUAUGAAUUCUGCGUCUGAUUCUGCUUUUGCUUCUUUCUCCAUGGAGUAGUUCUCCCAUUCAUCUGGGUAUGGAGAACCAUAGAUUUGUAUGUUAGGUUUGAUUGUAUGAACCCAAGUACUGAUUCUAUGAUUUGACUAUAUUCAAUUGAGGUUUGAAUGAUUGAAUGGCAUGAAUCCUGAUCAAAUUCCUGUUGUUUCUGCUUUAACCUAGAAUGAGAAUAUCUGCCUAGGUUGAUAGAGCAUCCUUGAUUGAAGGUAGGGAGUUUGUGAGUUUUGUCGAGGAGCCAACUCACUAUUCUGUACCGAAUUUACUUCGGUAGUGGAGGUUUUGUUCGUUAGGGCCUCAAUCUGUUUACUCCGAUGGAGGUUAGUUGCCCGCUAGAGACUCAGAUUGAGAGGACCUUUAGUCGAGACUUCAGGCUGUUUAAAGACCUUCCGCAGUAUAAUUUUCAUGGAAACUGAACUUGGUAAUUGCAAUCCGGCUUAACUGCAGUCUAGGGGGAACCAUAUCCGGGUGACCUCUCUUAACCUGAAAACAACCGUUUACUUGCUUUGUUUGUUUGUUAGUUUAGACUUGCAUUAAAGUUUCAUUACUAGA